GGGUCGCCUUCGGCGGCGGCGGCGGCGGCGGCCAUUGAAACGCCAUGGCCGACGGCGGCGGCAGUGGCCGUGCUGGUGCGCGUAGUCCGCGGAGCUCCCCUGGCCGGGCGCCGCCGGUCCCGCGCGCGACUGGGCCGGGCGGCGGCGGUGUUGGCGGCUGCGGGGAGACACCGCGGGCGGCGGCGCUGGCGCUGCGCUUCGACAAGCCCAUCAAGCAGGCCUUCUACAACACCGGGGCCGUGCUGUUCGUGUGCCUGUGCUGCGGCGCCGCCGUGCUUGUCUACUUCAUCCUGGAGGCCUUCCUGCGGCCCCUGCUGUGGGCCGUGCUGUGCGGCACCUUCCUGCACCCCUUCAAGAACUCGCUGACGCGCCUGGGCCGCCACUGGCUGCAGCGCCUGCACCGCGCACACACGCCCAUCGUGCUGGCCGCGCUGCUGCUUCCGCUGUGCUUCGCGGACUACGGCGUGGAGGCCCUGGGCGAGCAGGCGCUGCGCCGCCGCCGCCUGCUGCUGUUACUCGGCGCCGGCGGUCCGCUUCUCUACGGCCUCUACAGCCUCGGCAGCUACCUGGGCGUGCAGGUGCUGCUGGCGCACGCCGGCGCGCUCAUCUGCCGCGGGCUGGACUACUUCAGCAGCCUGUGGAUCUGGACGUUGGUAGUUGGCUAUGUGUUGACUGUUUCAUUCAAGUGGAAUGCAAGCACUGAACGCUACUUGAGAGCAAUUUCAAUUCCUGUCUGGAUUAUAUUGCUUUUUCACUUAGCAUCCCUGGCUGGCUCAUGGAGAAUUCCAGUAUUCCUGGUUAUUGUUUUCCUGAUAUCUGUGGGCACCCUCUAUGAAAAACACAAUGGAAAAGAGUCUUCUGGAGCAGAAUUACCAGGGCAGGUUAUCUCCAUGGCAGCUUCUACUCUAGCAACAUUGGCCAUCUCUAUCACAGGGUAUGAAUCAGCCACUGAAGACCAGCCAUCAGCCCAACCUGCAGAAACCCUGGACAGAGGAGAACCACCCCCAACACUGUCCUCAUCUUCAGCUUCCGCCCCUUCACCCACUCUGGGCAGACAAAGGCCUGAAAUUGGAACAUUUCUCAGAAAGAAGAAAACCAGUGAUAUCUACUUUGUGUCUCUUGUUUGGGCCAUCGUUGGCGUCCAGAUCUGGUUGAACCUGUGGAUUGUGCAGUUGCUGCCCGUGCCUAUUGCAGUCUGGAUACUCAAAAAGCUGGUUAUUCACUUUGGAGUUGUGAACUUCCUGGAGAAACGCUGCUGUGUGUGGUGGCAGGUUAUAGAGCACUUCUUGAAGGAGCGGCAGGAAGCCCUAGCACCAGGGCCAAUUAUUGGGCUUGGAAAAUUCUUGCUGAAAGUUGAUAGCAAGCUCUGGCACUGGCUAAAUAAGAAGAUGAUCAUCUGGUUGGAGAAGAUGUUAGACAAAAUAAUUAGCAUUUUCAUCAUAUUUUUGUUAGUGAUAGGAACCCUUCUAUUAGCCCUACUGCUGACUGCAAAGGUACAUCAAGAGAGUGUACACAUGAUUGAAGUUACAAGCAAUUUGAUUAAUGAAACUCUAGGAAAUCACCCUGAAUGGGCAAAUUGGCUUCCCGAGGCUCAGGUAGUCCAAAGAGCCCUCAAUUCUGCGGCUAACAAUGUGUAUCAGUAUGGACGAGAAUGGAUAACCCACAAGCUUCAUAAAAUCCUGGGAGAUAAGGUGAACAAUACUGCUGUAAUUGAAAAGCAAGUAUUAGAACUUUGGGACCGACUCUAUCAUUCUUGGUUUGUAAAGAAUAUAACACAUUCUGGACGGCACAAAGGACAUAAGAUGCAUAUAAGUCGUCAGAAUAGCUGGCUGGGAGACAUCCUGGACUGGCAGGAUAUUGCUUCCUUUGUUCACGAGAACAUUGAGACGUUUCUUUCGAUCUUAGAGUCUCUAUGGAUUGUUAUGAGCCGGAACGUGAGCCUGCUUUUCACCACUGUCACUACUCUCCUGACCAUCCUCUUCUACAGUGGGACUGCCCUUCUCAAUUUUGUGCUGUCUCUGAUAAUUUUCCUGACCACACUAUUUUAUCUGUUAAGUUCCAGUGAUGAGUACUACAAGCCAGUGAAGUGGGUGAUAAGCCUGACACCACUAUCUCAGCCAGGGCCUUCUUCUAAUAUUAUCGGCCAGUCUGUGGAAGAAGCGAUCAGAGGGGUGUUUGAUGCUUCCCUCAAAAUGGCUGGCUUCUAUGGAUUGUACACCUGGCUGACUCACACUAUAUUUGGCAUCAAUAUCGUCUUCAUACCAUCAGCGUUAGCAGCAAUUCUUGGUGCAGUGCCCUUCCUGGGGACGUACUGGGCAGCAGUACCUGCAGUUCUAGACCUGUGGCUUACCCAGGGCUUAGGAUGCAAAGCCAUCUUACUGUUGAUUUUCCAUCUCUUGCCAACAUACUUUGUAGAUACUGCCAUCUAUUCUGAUAUAUCAGGUGGUGGCCAUCCUUACCUGACGGGCUUGGCAGUGGCUGGUGGAGCAUACUACUUGGGCCUAGAAGGAGCAAUCAUUGGGCCCAUACUUCUCUGCAUACUUGUGGUUGCUUCCAAUAUCUAUAGUGCCAUGCUGGUGAGUCCCACGAAUUCAGUGCCCACGCCAAGCCAGACCCCGUGGCCUGUUCAGACUCAGCGGACUUGCCAUGACAUUUCUGAAGAUCUGAAAUCUUCAGUAGACUGAUGUGGUUUCCAGCAUGGUGAUUUCUAUAGGAAGUUCAAUGUUGAUAGUGAGUUCAGCUCAGCUGUGGCCUUCUAUUCUUUCAGCUGUGCCUAGCAAGCAGAGCCCAGGAAAGGAGCAGAAGCCUCCUGGCCUUCCACACAGAAUGUCUGGACAAGAGAAAACUUGCUGUGGGCUGCUUUGCAUUUUAAAGCACAGCUGUCGAGCUAAAAAAUGUGGUUUGCUCACUUAACUGUUACUAAGAUGGCUUGAAAAGUUUCACUUUAUACACUGGUACCAUGGCUUGAAAUUUCCCACUUAGGUUAUCUAUAUUAUUAUAAUAAGUAUUUAUAAAGUUUAAGAGCCCUAAACAUACCUGCCUGUUGAAAGUAUGUACAAUACAAAUUUCUCCUGCUUUAAGAAAUUUGUUCUUAAACUUUUCUAUGACAGUCAUUUUUCAGUGAAGAGGUUUUCACUUUUGAGUGUAUAGUUGCUUGAGCAAAGAAAAUGAGUCUUCAACCCUUCUCCUACAAUGUAUGGUCCUCCCUGUAAAGAACAACUCUUAGUGUUAGGGUAGGGUGGUUUAUUUGAAGUUCAGUUAGUUGUGUAUUACAACCAUGGGAGACACAGAAAGACAAGCUCUUCCUCUUCCCUUUUCUUCUCCCUCCAUCCGCCAUUGUACUACUGCCAAAUUUCUAAAACUUGGCUGACUGAAUUGAAGUUAAAUACUUAUUAAGCUGCUAUUAAUGGUAACAAUAGUUUGUUCUUUCUGAAUGUUUUAAGUGAAAAAUCUCAGGUAUAGCAGUACUUCGAUUUGUUAAAUGUAUUCCUAUUUCACUAUUUGGAAUUCUGCCAAAUAGUUACUUAUUAGCUGUAGGAUUUUAUAUUUGUGUAGUGUUUGUCCAUCAUUUAGCACAGUGCCUUGCACAUAAGACUCUAGGUGAAUGCUUGUUAAAUUGUGACUUUUUAAAUAUCUCACAUACCAUAAUAACCAGCAUAGUGUUUUACAUUUUACAGUCAUGUGCACAUAUUACUUCACAACCACUUCACAUCAGCUUUCAUAUAGUUUUAUAUUAUUUUACAACAGUUUCACACAGGUGGGGAAGCUAUGGUCAGAGAAGUGACUGACUCCAGUCAUAAAGUUUAGUAAAGAUUUGACCUCAAAUCUUUCUGACUCCAUAGUCUGCAAACUCUGUUACAUUAUAGUGUUUCUACUAAUAUGCAGUUUCCCAGUGCUGUGAGAUAGGUGUCCUUUAGAAUAGAUUUGUCCUACAGUUAAUGACAGGGCUGGGACUAGAACCCAGCUUUUAACUUUGUACCUUUUCCACUGUAGAGAAUAAUCAGCAGGCUCUUUCUCUGCCUCUAAGGGAAUAUGGAGGAGAAACCAUUCUUAAAUAUCAAAGAUUGCCUUUUUGGAAAACUAAAAAAAGUAGAAAUCACUAAGAUGUGUAAUUAAUGUUAAUUAGCUUAAAUUUAUUUUGAUAUUAAGAAAAACUCCAUUUAGAAAAGAGUCUACCAUGAAUGAGGUCUUUACAUAGUAGCCUACAUACGGAUCUAAUUUUUUCUAUCCUUCAACAGUUAUAAUCUGAUAUUCCACUAAGUACUAUAUUUGGCCAUUAAUUCAUUCAUUUCUGUGUCAUUCUUUCAUUCAUUCAUUCAGUAAAACAUUUGUUAAGAGUUUGCCAAAUGCUAGGUUCCAGCCAGCUACUUGUACAGGAUGCUGUAGGGACAACUCAUGAGCUUUCUCUCACCUUAAAUCUUAGCCAGAUUAUGUGUAUUGGCUAAAAUAAAAAGUUGUUCAUUAAAAAGGUUAAAAAAAGAGUCAGACUUUUGUUAAUUGUAUACUGGUAAGUUUACAGCUAUAAUUAGCACAUACUCAUAAGACACAAAUAUACACAGGAUUAUUGUGCAUAUAUGAGUUAUGUUCUUCCAAAGUGCUUUUAGCUAUAUAAAGUGAUACUGCAAAAAUUAAACUUGAGCUAAUGUAUUAGCUGUUGCUAGUCAUAUUAGUAUGAAUACCAGGUUCUUUGAGGGAAACUCUGAGCCCUAAGAGAAUAGUUUAGAGCUGCCAAAAUUUAGCACUGAUGUAAUAUCACCCUGAAAUAUCAGGAGCAGAGGUGCCCCCAGAGUGCUAUAUAGUUCUGAUCAAGAAAUUUGAAAUUCCCAAGUAUUCCAGCAACCCACAUAAGGACUUGGGAGGUUGACAAGCUGGGGAAGGUCUAGGAUCCUAGUCUUGGGACUUCUAGACUUCCUAGGACUUGGAAGGUCUACCAGCUGGGGGAGGUCAGAGAGGUCUUCUAGAACCCUCAAAAACAGAGAAACAUGCCCCCUCCAAUAUAGUGAGAUUUUUCAGAAUUUUCACAGUGCACAGAGAUCAACUGGCAUGAAAAGGUAGGCAUCCUAAGCUCAAGUUUCAAAGAUAACCUGCCCUCAGAUUCUCAGAAUUUGACUUGGAAAGAGGAAGUUACUUUAGGGACAGAUAGUGUAUUGAUGAACUAUAAGCAUCUUCAGUAAAGACCAUGUACAGAAAUCCUAUCACAAUGUUAUACAUUUUAUAGCUUUAUUUAAGAUUAGUUUUAAGUUCACAUUCACUAUUCAUUUGUAAACUGACUGGGGAUAUGGGCAGAGGAGAUAAAAGCUCCUCAUUCAGAUGUGCUUCUCUCUUUUCUGAGAGAAUAAGGCAUGGGAUUUUCAGCAUAAACUCAUGUCAUAUAAAUCUUGCUUCAGUUCCAAAAUUCCUGGCACACUCUGUUCCUGGACGUGAUCUCUGUCAGACUGCCUUAGAUACCAGUCUUAACUUAUUUUUAAAUUUGCAAGGAUUCCUAACACCGUGUCCUGUUAGAGGUGGUUAGCUGGCAGAGUUUUCUCUUGACUUCUGUGACUGGUGUAGAUUGUUAACAGUGGAAGAAAACCCAAGAAGUGUUAUGGAAAUGCUGUAUUUAAGCUCAGUAGCCUUUGGAAAUACUUGUUUAUUCCAGCUAAAGUGCUUUUAAAGAGCUUGCACAUGAGGUCCUCUGGCUAAGCCUGGUCUUAACAUGAACCCAUUGUGACUCAUCAGGACUUACUAGUACCUCUAGUUCCUACUUUGAUUGUAUUUAGCACUUGAGGAUCUGUCAGUACUGGGCAAGAAAUAUUUAGAAAUUUCAGGCCAUAAGGGGUUACAUUAGAGCAGAAUAAUUUUAGGUAAGCUAACCAGAGCUUUCAACCUCAAGGUUUAUAGGAAAAACCCCUUAAGAACUUCUCAUUCUCUGGUUCUGACCAGGAGUCUCCCCUUACCAAGAGGUUUACAUUUUACAGUAGAAAUAGCCUCUGGCAACAUGCUUCCAAAUGCUAGUUCCAGCUAAGAACAGGUAACCUUUUCUUUUAAUUUCUUGUCCUUAUACAUUUGCCAUCAAAAUAUAUUCAUUUCAUUAACUUACUGAGGACUUGCAAAAAAUACACAAUAUAUCUGGAACCACUAAGCAAUUACUUUUUGGUAGUUUAAAAAUAAUAAAAAUUGUACAUGAAGAUGUUCUGUUUGCCUAUGAGUCAUAAAAAUUCUGUGCUAGAAUGGGCCUUAUAUAAUCAGUUGAUCCUGUCAUUUUCUAGAGAAGGAAACAAAUCCAUAGGUUAAAGUGGCUUUUUUUUAACACACAUAGCCAGUUAGUAAUAGAAUACAGGGUGGAAUACAAUUCUUUUUCCUCUCAGUCCAUUGUUCUGUUUCUCUUCCCUUUCCCUCAUAGUUGAGCAGUUUUUGGGAAAAUGUGUUCCUUAUAGCUCUAGUUGCAAGGAUGUUAUUAUAUGUGAUAAGAGAACAAAAGUGUGUAUAUGGUGGGAGGGUACUCCAUGGUCAGUUAAAACUGAGGAAUGUUGAGCUUUCCUUGAGCCUUCUAAGGAUAACAUGCUAUUAUAUAUUGGGAUUUAUAAGGGCAUAAAGACUGUGUUACUGUGUUUAUUUUACCUUAAACUGCACACCCCUCCUCCUUUUCUCAGAGCAUCUCAAAGAACUACUGACUCUUGGGAAGCAUUGCUCUCAAGUAAGUUUACAGCUCUCUUGAGAAGACAUCCUUCAUGGAAAUUCUGAAUGGUAUAUCAAUUACCGUGGUACCAUGUAAACCAUAAUAAAUCUCAAAGUUUAGUGAGAUACUAGAAAGAAAAUAUUUGCUGUUCAGAACUAUACAUAAAGUAUAGAGAUUCUUUUCCACCUAUGGUAUAUAAAAUCAAUAUUUGUGUUUAGUUUUGCAGGUUUUUCAAGGAUCAGUUAAUGUGCAAAUACAGUGGUGAUAUAUCCAUAGUACAUCUGAAUAAUGCUUUUGUAUGCCACUUUAUAGUUUUCAGACUGCUUUCAUCACAACCCCAUGAGAUAGGCAGGUGUUAAGUAUUACCAGAUGAAGCACUGGUGGCUGAGAGAGAGGUUUUUUUUUUUUUUUUUUUUUUGUGUGUGUGUGUGUGUGUGUGUGUGUGUGUGAUUUUUCCUUUACGUUCAUGCCACAAAAUGAUGGAGCCAGAAUUCCAUUGCAGAACUUCUGACUCCAAGUCCAGAGUUCUUUACUCCAUACCUGGUUUCUUAUUUUUCUUCUGGCUUUAUAUUUUACAAUGAAAGGUGUGGAAACAAAUCUUAAAGUAGUACUAUUUUGGCUUAUUAUCAAAUACUCUUUCUUUUUUUUAUUGCAGUGACCCCAAAAGUGUAACUCUCAUUCUAGUUAUCCUAAAGAAAACCUUACUUUUCUCCUCUGAGUGCCACUUGUUUAGGUGACUGGAGUGUAUUUCACAUACCAUUUCAUUUUGAAACCAAGGUUGAAUAUUUACUUGUAAUUGCUUAGGUAACUUUUGGAGUUGUAUCGUCUCUUCAUUCCCAGGUAAGGUAGAGAUGGAUUGAAAGCAAAAAAAGAGUAUUCAAAUACAGUAUACUCCAUUAUUACACAAAUGCUGUUUCUUAGCUUUAACUUGCUUUGACGACCUACUGAAGUAACUUCUUUGUAAAUGUAAAAUAUAUUUUGAAAUAAAAUUGAGUGUUGAAUGAA